AUGUUUGAGUUGAAUUAGUACACUACAUUCACUACCCUUUUUCUGGAAUUUACAGCAAUAGUCACAGAUUUUAUUUUGUUUACUGAUCAUGUCACUAUCAAAACUACGAGUUUAAUUGGAAAUGCCAGAAUUUCCACUAUAUCAAUAAUAAGGGGAUUAUUAACUAACGUUACAGAAAAUAUGAACGCUAAUACAACUAAAGUCUACUGGUACUAAAGAUUUCCCAUUCGCAUCUCCGAUCCCUGCCUGCUGGGAGUUUCUACUAGUGGCGAGGAUUAGAGCCGGAAGUGACGACUGUAGGAUUAAGGAAACAGUCGAUCUGUCAAGGAAAUAAAACAACACUUUCUGGCAUAGGAAAUAACAACGCCAGCUAGCUACAAUUAAAAUGAAGACAUAGUUAGCUAUACCUACUUCUAUCUGAAACUGACACAAAAGUACAACAUGGUUCGCUGUCUGAAGUAGAACUAGCUGCCUGGAUUACUCAUUUACCCCAUUUGUAAAAUGGAAUGUAUUCGAGUUUAUCUGGAGAGCCUGAAGCAAGGACUGCAAAUUGAUGUCUUGAGGGAAGUUGGACGUCAAUAUCCUGUCUUUUGCUUUCUUUUGGUUUUCAUGCUGUCAUUAACUAUACUUCUUAAUAGGUAUCUUCACAUUCUGAUGGUGUUUUGGUCCUUCCUGGCUGGAGUGAUUACUUUCUAUUGCUCCCUCGGUCCAGAAUCACUCCUGCCCAACAUCCUGUACACCAUAAAGCCCAAGAACAAACAAGAGCAACAGGAGCUGUUUCCAUUGGGACACAGCUGUGCAGUGUGUGGGAAAGUAAAGUGCAAACGUCACAGACCAACAUUACUCCUAGAAAACUAUCAGCCAUGGUUGGACUUGAAAGUCUACUCCAAAGUCGAUGCUUCCAUGUCUGAGGUGCUCGAGUUGGUUCUGGAGAAUUUUGUAUAUCCCUGGUACCGGAACAUCACAGAUGAUGAGGCAUGUGUAGAUGAACUGAGAUUGACCUUUCGGUUCUUUGCAUCUGUGUUAGUUCGGCGCGCUCAGAAGGUGAUGCAUAGUUCUCAGUCGAUUCAAGUUGAUGUCCCCUCAGUUAUUUCUGGCAAAAUGAUGAAAGCAGCCAUGAAGCAUGUUGAAAUAAUUGCAAAGGCCAAGCAAAAAGUGAAGAACACUGAGGGUUUGCAGCAGGCUGCUCUGGAUGAGUAUGGCCCUGACUUACAUUUUGCCCUGCAUAGUCGCAAAGAUGAGCUCUGUUAUCUCAGGAAGGUGACAAAGAUGCUAUUUGCCUAUCUCAUGCCUCCCAAAGCCACCGACUGCAGAUCUCUAGCUGUGCUGAUGCAAGAGAUCCUGGUAGGCUCUGUGUUCCUCCCCAUCAUGGAUUUCAUGGCUGAUCCUGAUUCUGUGAACCACAUGGUGCUAAUAUUCGUUGAUGACACUCCAUCUGAGCCGGCCAUGGAGCCACCAUCUACCCUGGUUCCAUUCCUGCAGAAAUACGCUGACCCUCGUACCAAGAAGACAUCUGUGCUGAAGCUGGAGCUGAAGGAGAUCCGGGAGCAGCAGGACCUUCUGUUCCGCUUCAUGAACUUCCUAAAGCAGGAGGGAGCCGUGCACGUGCUCCAGUUCUUACUCACCGUGGAGGAGUUCAAUGAUAAGAUCCUGUGUCCAGAGCUGAGUGAAGCUGAACUGCAGCGUCUGCAUGGUGAGGUGCAGCACGUCUACGAGACCUACUGCUUGGAGGAGAGUAUCGACAAGAUCAGUUUUGACCGCUUCAUCGUUGAGGAAAUACGAAACAUUGCAGAGGGGCCGUACGAGGGAGUUGUGAAGCUGCAGACUAUGCGCUGCCUGUUUGAGGCCUACGAGCAUGUCCUGUCCCUGCUGGAGAGCGUCUUCACCCCCAUGUUCUGCCACAGCGAUGGGUAUUUCAUACACCUGCUGAUGGGGGCAGAGUCUCCAAAAAGGGACUCCAGAAUGAACAGGAAUAGUCUGAGUGUGGAUGAUAUGAGGAACAUCUCAAAACGAGGGGAGAUGUUCGGGAUCAGCCGGUUCGGCAGCAAAAUCAAAGGCGUCUUCAAGAGCACCACCAUGGAGGGGGCGAUGCUGCCGUACGCCAUGGUCGACGCUGAAGAUGAAGCGGUUGAGGAAGCGACUAUGGUGAUGGAGGAUGACUCCCCUGUGGAGGCAGCUAGUACUCCAGGAGUCCUGAGGAACUUGUCAGCCUGGAGCAUCACCAUCCCCUACAUUGACUUCUACGAUGACGAGGUGAAGAAGGAGAGGAUCCCUGUGUUCUGCAUCGACGUGGAACGCAAUGACAUGAAGGAAGUGGGACAUGAAACAGAGGACUGGUCCAUCUUCAGACGAUACAUGGAAUUCUACGUUCUAGAAAAUAAACUCACUGAGUUCCAUGGCUCAUUUGCAGAUGCACAGCUCCCUUCGAAAAGAAUUAUAGGACCAAAGAACUAUGAGUUCCUAUCAUCAAAGAGGGAAGAAUUUGAGGAGUAUUUGCAGAGACUGCUGCAGCACCCAGAGCUGAGUAACAGUCAGCUGUUGGCAGACUUCCUGUCACCUCACAGCAUGGAGACUCAGUUCAUGGACAAGAGGAUGCCUGAUGUAAACCUGGGUAAAAUAUUCAGGUCUGUCCCUGGAAAAAUUAUAAAAGAGAAAGGACAGAACCUAGAGCCUUUCAUCCAGUCCUUCUUCAACUCUUGUGAAUCACCCAAAGUCAAACCCAGCAGACCUGAGCUGACCAUCCUCAGCUCUACUGCUGAGUACAACAAGCUCUCCAAUGACCUCUACAAAAACAAUGCUGAUCUGUCUGGGACCCUGGAGACACAUAACCGUAACUACUUUAUGGAGAUGAUCUCAGUAGACGGGAUGUAUGACUACAUGAUGUUUAUGGGUCGAGUCGUGUUCCACGUGCCAGACUGGUUGCAUCACAUCCUGUCAGGGGGGCGGAUCUUGCUCAAGAACACAUUGGAGGCCUACAUGGAUAACUACAUUCAAAAGAAACUGGAGAUGAUCCUGCAGGAGCACCGUGUGGUGUCUCUCGUCACCAUGCUCAGAGAUGCUGUGUUCUGCGAGAACAGUGAGGAACGCACCACAGGAGACAAGCAGAGAAGAGCCAAGAAGGCAUUUGAAGAGAUGAUUAAUUAUCUGCCAGACUUUAUGGAAAAGUGCAUUGGACAGGAGGCCAAGUACGAGGGCAUCCGACUUCUCUUUGACGGCUUCCAGCAGCCACUUCUCAACAAGCAGAUGACUUACGUUCUGAUGGAUAUUGCUGUCGAAGAACUGUUUCCAGAACUCUGCAAGGCCCCAGAGUCUGCAACACCACUAAGCAAGAGGCACCACCAAGCAAGCAGCACUAUGACGACCAAGGAGAUCUCCAAACAGGUCAGGGUUGGGUUAUUAAAAAAAUCAGGGUUGGGUUAUAAAAAAAUCUGAAACUUUGAACAUCCCACAGAGCACAAUUAAAUCCAUUAUAAAAAAAAAAAAAUUUGAAAUUAUAUGGCACCACAACAAACCUGCCAAGAGAGGGCCGCCCACCAAAACUCACAGACCAGGCGAGGAUGGCAUCAAUCAUAGAGUCAACAAAGAGACCAAAGAUAACCCUGAAGGAGCUGCAAAGCUCCACAGCGGAGAUUAGAGUAUCUGUCCAUAGGACCACUUUAAGCCAUACACUCCAGAGAGCUGGGCUUUACGGAAGAGUGGCCAGAAAAAGCCAUUGCUUAAAGAAAUAAAUUGGUGUUCGCCAAAUGGCAUGUGGGAGACUCCCCAAACAUUGAAGAAGGUACUCUGGUCAGAUGAGACUAAAAUAUAGCAUUUUGGCCAUCAAGGAAAACGCUAUGUCUGGCGCAAACCCAACACCUCUCAUCACCCCGAGAACACCAUCCCUACAGAGAUUUGAGACUGGGACGGAGGUUCACUUGGGACGGAGGACAAUGACCUUAAGCAUACUGCUAAAGUAACACUCAAGUGGUUUAAGGGGAAACAUUUAAAUGUCUUGGAAUGGCCUAGUCAAAGCCCAGACCUCAAUCCAAUUGAGAAUAUGUAGUAUGACUUAAAGAUUGCUGUACACCAGCAGAACCCAUCCAACUUGAAGGAGCUGGAACUUGAAGAAUGGGCAAAAAUCCCAGUGGCUUGAUGUUCCAUGCUUAUAGAGACAUACCCCAAGAGACUUGCAGCUGUAAUUGCUGCAUCUUGCUCCUUUGCACCCCAGUAUCUCUACUUGCACAUUCAUCUUCUGCAUAUCUACCAUUCCAGUGUUUAAUUGCUAUAUUGUAAUUACUUCGCCACCAUGGCCUAUUUAUUGCCUUAACUCCCUUAUCUUACCUAAUUUGCACUCACUGUAUAUAGACUUUUUGUUUUAUUUUGUUCUACUGUAUUAUUGACUAUGUUUUGUUUAUUCCAUGUGUAACUCUCUGUUGUAUGUGUCGAACUGCUUUGCUUUAUCUUGGCCAGGUCACAGUUGCAAAUGAGAACUUGUUUUCAACUAGCCUACCUGGUUAAAUAAAGGUGAAAUAAAUUAAAUAAAAAUAAGGUGGCUCUACAAAGUAUUGACUUUGGGGGGGUGAAAAGUUAUGCAAGUUCAGUUUUUUGUCUUAUUUCUUGUUUGUUUCACAAUAAAAACAUAUUUUACAUCUUCAAAGUGGUAGGCAUGUUGUGUAAAUCAAUACAACCCCCCCCAAAAUCCAUUUUAAUUCCAGGUUGUAAGGCAACAAAAUAUGAAAAAUUCCAAGGGGGGUGAAUACUUUCGCAAGCCACUGUAUGCAGGGCAACCAUUCGUAAUACGUUUGUUAUAUGUAUGCCUACUUACUACAAUGCAAUUACUAUGCUGUAUACGGUAACCUUAGCUGUAUUCUUAAAAGGAAACUGGACAGAUUCUGUUUCUUAUUCUGGGGGCUAAUGAAGUUACUGUGUAUUUGCUUGUAUUACACCAAUAAAUGUAAAGUUACCAAACACAGCUUUAGAUAGUGUCUUGCAAAAGUAUUCAGACCCCUUGGAUUUCUUCACAUUUUAUUGCGUUACAAAGUGUGAUUUAAAACAGAUUUAAUUAUAUUUUUUCAACAAUAUACACAAUACUCUGUCAGUGUCUGAACUUUUUUGAUGAAUAAAAAUGUAAUAAAUAAAAUACAGUAAUUGCAUAAGUAUUCAGCUCCCUUGGUCCAUACAUGUUAGAAACUCUUAAAGAGCGAUAACAGCUGUGAGUCUUCUUGGGUAAGUGUCUAAGAGUUUUGCACUCCACGAUUGUGCAAUAUUUGCCUAUUUUAUUUUUCCUUGUAAAUAUUCUUCAUACUCUGUCAAGAUGUUGAGGAUCAUGGCUAGACAGCAAUUCAAGUGUUGCAAUAGUAUUUCAAGCAGAUUGAAGUAAAACUGUAACUUGGCCACUCGGGAACAUUCACUGUCUUCUUGGUAAUCAACUCCAGUGUAGAUUUGGCUUUGUGUUGUAUGUUAUUGUCCUGCUGAAAGGUGAAUUAAUCUCCCAGUGUCUGGUGUAAAGCAGACUGAAGCAGGUUUUCCUUUAGGAUUUUGCCUGUGCUUCUUUUUAUCCUGAUACCUAUGCCAUGCCGCAGCCACCACGCUGGACAAUAAGAAGGUAAUUACUCGGUGAUGUGUUGUGUAGGGUUUUGCAUUUAUGCCAAAAAGUGUAUUCUUUGCCAUGUUUUUUUUUGCAGUAUUACUGUAGUGCCUUGUUGCAUACAAGAUGCAUGUUUUUUUUGUGUAUAUUUGUCUUCUUUUCACUCUGUCAUUUAGGUCAUUAUUGUGGAGUCACUACAAUGAUCCAUCCUCAGUCUUCUCCCAUCACAGCCAUUGAACUCCAUUUAGGUUUUAAAAUCACUAAUGGUAACAUCCCUGAGCAGUUUCCUUCCUGUCCUGCAGCUCAGUUCUUUUAUGUGUCUUGCUCGUUUAAUACAGCAUAACUAGAGCUGGGACGGGCAACCCUGGUACUGGAGGGCCACAGGCACUUUAUGCGUUUGAUUUAACCAACCUGGAAGACCAGGUGUUUCGAAUUUAGGUAAUCACUGAACUGAUCAAUUAGCUCAGUUGGUCAAGUGUGGUGCCUAGUUGGAACAAAAUUCUGCAGUACGUGCGGCACUCCAGGAACAGGGUUGCCGACCCCUGAUCUAGACCAUGCUGUGUCUGGGUGGUUUAUUAAUAUACUGUAUAAUUCACAGCAUAAUUAUUAACUACUAGACCAUGCUUAAAGAGAUAUUCAAUGUCAGAUGUUUUAUUGUCAUCUACCAAUCACGGCCCUUUUUAUGAGGCUUUCAAAAAAACUUUCUGGUCUUUGUAGUUGAAUCUGUGCUUGAAAUUCAAUACUUGACUGAGGGCCCUUACAGAUGUAUGUAUGUAUGUAUGUGGGACAAAGGAAGGGUUAUUCAUUUAAAAAUCAUUUCAACCCCUAUAAUUUCAGUCCAUGUAACUUUGUAUUUGAUUUGUUAAGCCACAUUUUACUCCUGAACUAAUUUAGGCUUGCCUUAACAAAGGGUCUGAAUAGUUAUGCAAUAACUGUUAGUUAUAUAUAUUUUUUGUAUUUUGUGUAUAUUGUUGACAAAAAUAAUAUAAUUAUAUCUGUUUUAAUCCCACUUUGUAACACAAUAAAAUGUGAAGGAAAUCCAAGGGGUCUGAAUACUUUAGCAAGGCACCGUAUAUUGUAUUUAACUUAAGCAUCUCUCUGCCAUCGGGCCCCUGAAAGUAAACACUCACUUUGUGUUUCAACUAGGUGGUAAUCAACCGGAUGUCUUUUCCAAACUAUUUAUAAAUGAAGUGAAAGUAGAACGGUAACAGGAUGUAGGUUGUGUACCUCCCUGCUGAUACUGUAUGUUGUCUCUUCAGCAGGGACAAGGGGAGCCCUUCGGCAGACAGUAACCAGUGAAUUUUGAUAACUGCUUGCUUCCCUUUUCUGGAGCCAAAGUGCAAUACAGCAAAUUCCAAUGUAUCUGGGAGCAUAUAUCUACAUUCCAAUGUAUAAUGCAUUAAUAAAAAUAUAUUUAUAGAUUUUA